CGCCAGCGUCCCGGCCAGCGUCCCCGCCAGCGAUGCCGAAGGCGGCCGAGCCCCCGGGGCGUGGGUCGGACCAGGGGCCCGGGCCCUGUAAGCGGGCGAAGGCUGCGUCCGGCGGCCCCGCCUGCCCCCUGAACUUCGCCAGCCCCCGCCUUCUGUUUGGAAGCCUGAUCGCGCCCGUGGAGCCCGAGACUUUUUUCAGGGAGUUCUGGGAGAAGCAGCCCCUUGUCCUCCGGAGGGACGACCCGGCGGUGGCGGCCUACUGCCAGGCGCUGUUCAGGCUGUCGGAUCUCAAGAGUCUGUGCGGCCGCGGCCUGCUCUACGGCCGAGACGUCAACGUCUGCCGGUGCGUCAAGGGGAAGAAGAAGGUCUUAAAUAAAGCCGGCAGAGUGCACUUCCUGCAGCUGAGGAAAGAUCUGGAUCAGAGAAGGGCGACGAUUCAGUUUCACCAACCUCAGAGAUUCAAGGAUGAGCUUUGGAGGAUCCAGGAGAAGCUGGAAUGUUACUUCGGCUCCUUGGUUGGCUCCAACGUGUACAUAACCCCUGCCGGGUCCCAGGGCCUCCCGCCGCAUUACGAUGACGUCGAGGUCUUCAUCCUGCAGCUGGAGGGACAGAAGCACUGGCGUCUCUACCACCCCACCGUGCCCCUGGCGCGGGAGUACAGCGUGGAGGCCGAGGAGCGGAUCGGGAGGCCGGCCUACGAGUUCACGUUGAAGCCGGGAGAUGUCCUGUACUUCCCCAGGGGGACGGUUCACCAGGCAGAUGUCCCUCCGGGGCUGGCGCACUCUACCCACGUGACCAUCAGCACCUACCAGAACAGUUCCUGGGGAGACUGCCUUUUGGACACAGUUUCGGGGCUUGUGUUUGAUGCGGUGAAGGAAGACGUGGCGCUCCGGGCCGGCAUCCCCCGGCAGCUGCUCCUGCAGGUGGAAGGCACAGCUGCGGCGAGGAGGAGGUUAGGCGGCCUCCUGAGGACGCUGGCCGACCGGCUGGAGGGCACCGGAGCGCUGCUGGCAGGGGGCAUGAAGAAGGACUUUGUCACCCACAGGCUCCCCCCCUACCACGAGGGAGACGGAGCAGAGCUUUCAACGCCAGGUGGACGGGUGCCAAGGCUGGACAGCACGGUGAGGCUGCAGUUCAAAGACUACAGCGUCCUCACGGUGGGACCGGAUCAGAAUCAGUCUGAUGAAACUCAGGAAACGAUGGUUUACAUCUAUCAUUCCUUGAAGAACAGGAGAGAGCUGCACAUGAUGGGGAAUGAGGAAACAGAGUCUCACGGACUCCGCUUUCCUUUAUCACAUAUGGACGCUCUGAAGCAAAUCUGGGGCCACUCGACUAUAUGUGUCAAGGACCUGAAACUAACUACAGAUGAGGAAAAGGAAAACCUGGUGUUAUCCCUCUGGACAGAAUGCUUAAUCCAGGUAGUCUAGGGCCGUCCCAGAACCACGGUGACCGACUCAGCCGCACAUGCAGAAAGAAGAGCAAACAUUUACGUGCCAGGGAGCUCCUGGUGCUUGGAGCCCGCAGCUGGGAAUGGUUCUACGACAGCUUUCCUUACGUGAGACCUGCCUGGUUCUGGGAGGCAGGUGCACAGAAGAAAGAGGAGACCAACAAAACUGUACUCUCGACAAACUCCUUUAAUCCAGUGUGAUAGAAAAGGCACAGCUCCAAUAAAUGUAUCACUGAAAUUUAAA